UUUGAGUUAGUGUUUUAGGGCUAGUGGAACAAAUUUUUAGGUUAGUGCUGCCCAUCACUGGUGAUAACGACGAGAAAACCAUGGGAAAUAGUUAUGUGCAGAAAACGAUCGCUCUCGGCUUCCGUAAUUAUCCCAACCGGAUGUGCAACCUUUGUUGCUAGUUUUGGAUGUCAUGCAGCUGACGGGUUGCUAAUGUCCAUCAGCUGUAAAGGAAAAUCAUGGCCUCUUCGUAGUAAAUUGGUCGUCUAAAGUCUGUAAUUUAACUCGACACCCAAGGACUUAACAAACCCGAAAAUGUGAGCUCAUUGCGUGAUAUAUUUGUCUGUUUUAGAGUAGCUAACUGGCGCAACAACAGAGUAGUAGAAGAUGAGUCGGAACAYCGGCCGGGGUCCCACUCCUCCUGUUUGGCUCGCCAUCUUUCUGCUCAUUUGGACUGUGCGUGUGGUGAARCCAGCCUCUGAGUUUGACCCAUAUCAUGUACUGGGUGUGAGCAGGAGUGCAAGUCAAGCAGAAAUCAAACGAGCUUACAAGAACCUGGCCAGAGAAUGGCACCCAGAUAAGAACAAAGACCCUAAAGCUGAAGACAUGUUUAUUAAGAUUUCUAAAUCAUACGAGAUUUUGUCCAACGAAGAGCGAAGGUCCAACUUCGAUCGCUAUGGGCAGAUGGAUGAAAACCAGCCUUUCGGCCAGUCGCAUCAUCACGGUUUCCGCAGCUUUCACAACAGUUUCUACUUCGAUGAGUCGUUUUUCCAUUUUCCCAGGUCCAGGGAUUUUGCAGACAGCAAGUACAUGCUUCACCACGCACAGUUCAACAGUGACGUUCUCCCAGACAGCUACAAGAGGCCAUAUUUAAUCAAAGUGACUUCUGAGUGGUGCUUUGCAUGUAUGCACAUUGAGCCCGUGUGGAAGCAGACCGUGCAGGAGCUGGAACCUUUGGGCGUGGGCAUCGGCAUCGUGGACCUGGGCUACGAGCGCCGCCUAGCCAAUCAGCUGGGAGCUUAUCGGGCUCCCUCCAUCAUUGGGCUGGUGAGCGGCAGGAUGACCUUCUUCCACCAGGCUGUGGUACGGGAACACCUGCGACAGUUUGUGGAAGAUCUGCUGCCACAGAACCUGGUGCAGAGGAUUAACGAUGACAACUGCUUUGCUUUUCUUGAUGGCUGGCAUGCAGAGAAUAAGCCCAGUGUUCUCUUGUUUGAUCAAGUUCCUGUUGUGCCGCUACUCUACAAGUUGACCACCUUUGCCUUUCGAGACUAUGUCCGCUUUGGCCACGUGGAUCAGGGCGACGCACGCAACACUAAGCUCCUGCGGCAGUUCAACGUUAACACCUACGCUCCCACCAUGCUGCUGUUUAAGGAGGACACAGAGAAGCCCGUUGACAUCAUCCAGGCCAGAGGGAUGAAGAGGCAGCUGAUGGAUGAGUUUGUCUCCAACAACAAGUUCCUGCAGGUGCCUCGGCUGGUCAGCCAGCAGCUGUUUGACGAGCUGUGUCCCGUGAAGCAGUUCCACAGACGAAGGAAAUACUGCAUCCUGCUCAUAACUGGAGAAGAUGAAGCUUUUCUUCCAGGCAACAAGGCUUUCCUGGACUUUGCCUCUGCUAACAAAAAAGAUGUGCUGCGAUUUGCCUACGUCUACCAGCGGCAACAGCAGCCUCUGUGUCAGGCGCUUCUGCACAACCAGGCUGCCGAUUCACCUCAGGUGGUGGUUCUGGAGAGACGGAGCCAGGCCGGCAGGGUCCUGUACCGCUCUGUGAGCAGCGGCUGGAACGGCAGCGAGGAGGACAAACACCGCCUCCAUGAGCAGCUGGAGCUCCUUCAGAAAGACCCCACCUUUCUGAGCUCAGACACCACCUUACCGGACCUCAACAACGAGAUGGCCCCUAUUUUUAUCAUUCAGUGGAUGAACGCAGCUUAUGAUUACAUCCUUCAAACAUAUGACGGCCUUCUCUACUCAAACUGGCGAGAGAUGAUGCCCAUUCUGUCCUUGAUCUUCUCAGCUCUCUUUAUUCUUUUUGGCACCGUUAUCAUUCAAGCGUUCAGUGAGUCAGGUGAGAGCAAACUUCGCAAACCCAAAGAGCAACCCACGAGACAAGCUGAGGAGGACACAUCCAGCAGAGCAAGUACUUCGAGCCGUCCUCCAAAGAAGGACUUUGUGGAAGUGACAGAGCUAACAGACGUAACAUACAUCAGUAACCUGGUGAAACUGAGGCCGGGUCACAUUAAUGUUGUACUGGUGCUCACCAACGCUUCCAAGAAUGCCUUGCUGAGGAAAUAUGCCAAGGAGGUUUUCUCUUUCUCAGGCACCCAGACGCUCCACUUCUCCUUCCUCAACACUGACAAGCACCGCCACUGGAUGCCUUCCCUCCUUCACUCGGCCGGUCAUCCUGGAGAAAGCGAGAGCCACUCCGAAGACGAGGAGUCCUCCGACUACACUGGCCACGUUCUGGCUCUGAACGGCUACAAGAAGUACUUCUGCCUCUUCAGACCCGUCUUCACAGGAGACGACUCGUCGUCCGAGACCUCCGCUGCCUCCGACAGCAAGAGGAAGUCCCGUUCCAGGUCCAGGACGAGCUCCCACUCUCGCUCGCGCUCCCAUUCCAGGGAGGACGGGGCGGCGCCAAGAAGGGGCUCGAGCAGAGCUACGAGCCUAGAAGUCCACCACAAGCUGGACAGGCUGGGAGUGUGGAUGGAGAGGCUGAUGGAGGGCACGCUGCCCAGGCUGCACGUCCCUGCGUGGCCCACGCUCAGCGAGGACUCCCCCUCCACAGAGAGCUGAGGUCAGAGUAAGAACUGUUGGGGGUUUCGCCCUCCUUAUUGGGUAUCUGCAGAGCAAUGUUGUUGUUUUCAGAAUGCUUUUUUUUUCUGUUUGGCAUAUGUAGGUUGGCACUGAACUGUUGGCACUGACAGUAGCAGCAACACCUUGCAGAGGAGUGUUUGGGUUACAGGAUUGCAAAUGAUCAUAUUGCUGUUUCACAUCCAAACACAGUCUGUGUGCCUCAUAGCACAGACRUUUGCUGAGGCUAACACCUGGUGUGUUUUUAGAGGCACACCAGUGGCUACAGUAAGAAAACACUCAGUAGUUUCCUGACAAACUGUUAACACACAAAACUGUAAAAAAGUGCAGAUGCGUUCUUUUUGAUCCUGCAAAAGUUUUUUUGUUUGUUUGUUUGUUGUUUUUUUAUAUAAAUGUGCUCAGAAAAUGCAUGAACAUUCACAAAGCUUGGUUUUCAGUUUCUUCUUAAGCCAUGACUGAAUGUAGAAGCCACUGUUUGCACCACAGCUAAACAGAUAAAGAGAUUUCAGCUUCACCAAAAGGGAAUUUGGUAUUUUUCGCCAUGAGUGUGAUUAUUUUAUGUUCUCACUUCAAGAAACAAACGAACAAAACAACUAAAUAAUGACAAAUAGCAGUCUUAUACGGUAUGAAGUAAUGCCAACAUAAAAAACAAGGUCAAAAUAUAAUUUUUUUUUUAAAAAGGAUUAACGGUUUAGCUAUAAUUAUAGGAAUGCGUUUUAUCGGCUGCUUUUUUGUGUUGUUUGUAAAUGAAAUGUAUUACUUCAUCUUGCAACAUGUGAUAGCACUCAGACUCAGCUGCUACCACACCAACGUUUGUUCAAUUUCUGCAAAAAAUGACCUAAAUUUGCUAAAUUUGAUUAGCUGUGGCAGCCAUUUUGAAUGGGGGUUACUCCAAAGGUUAAUCAGUUAAAGAUGGACAUUCAGUAAUUAAUCUUGAAGAGUUUCAUUGGAAUUGGUCCAGUGGUUCAUGACAUACUUUGCUAACAGAUGAAGUUGACUGUAAUGGUUAAUGCCAAUGAUUUAAAAAGCAGAUUAGCACUCAUUUUAUGUGUUGGGAAUAACUCUCAACUAUGUACGCACCAAUAAUUAGCUAAGUAACUGUAAAAUUGACUGCAUUAUCUUCAUCUUUGUGUUUGCUAAGCUUCCUUAGCUGUGGUGGCCACCUUGUGUUAUGCUGACUCCAAGUCUUAAUCACUUUUAGAAGUGCAGCCAAUAUUUGUAUUGUGAAAGUUUCAUUUAAAUUCAAGCUCUUUUUCAGGAGAUAUUUUGCUAACACACAGACAUGAUGUCACCUUCAGCAGCAGACAAUAAUCUCUGGAAGCCUAAAGCCACAUACUUUGUGACUGAAACUCUAAAUAUAUUUUAUCUUUUUCAAACUAUCUCAGCAGGGUCUUGCAGCACAUCAUGGUCUUCCUUAUGUGCAAACAUAUCAAUUAUUUCAGAGUAUAUUGUAAAAACCCCAAGAAAGAGGGAACAUUUGAAGGAACAAGCUUGAGGACAUUUUAUGUUCAAGUCUGUUUUCCUCCCUUUUUCCACUUUUCCCAGUUUGUUUGCAGAUAAAGGUGACGUGUUUUAUUGUGCUCUCCUGUAACUGCUGUCAUUUAUUUAUCAGGUGAAGUCAUGCAGAGGAGGAAAGAUGCUGCUGGGUUUUUUUUUUUUUUGCACUAUUUCAAUUAUUUAAAACACACAGGCCUCUAAAAGUGUACUUUAUGUUUGGAAACAGUGCUGACAUUUUGAUUUUAGUUCUGUUAUGAUGAAAUAUUUCUGCCAGAGACAUCCAGACUUGGAUUUUUUUUCUUCUCCUUAUUUUGUCUGAGGCUCACUUUAACCACAUUCUUGUCUUAGCUCUGAAUCAGGAAGAAACAAGAUAUUUCAUCAUAUUUAACGGUCUCUUUACGUGAUCUUGUAAGACGUAGAUGGACCUAAAAAAUCAGAUGAUUUAAUUGAGUAAAUUUUCAGUGGCAGCUUAAAUGUUUGACUCUUAUAUUUGUUUUAAUUUCUCUGCUAUUCAACAAUAAGCUGUUCAGCAAAUGCAGCACACUGAUGUAAAAAAAUGUCCUGUUUGUCCUCUGAGCCUAUUUGUUUUAAAAUGUCAAAUCAACCUUUUCAAAGCUGCUUAUUUAUUAAAAUGUGUGAACUAUAAUUUCUUCUCUGCUUCCUUAAACUAAUAAAUAUUUUUACCAACAA